AUGAACUUUCUAGCCAAUUUCGAUGAAGCUAAGAAUUUAAUCUUAAAGAUUAAAGCAUAUAGUAAAGAUAAUGAAUAUGAUACAAAAAGGGUAGCCAAGAUGCUGGUUGAAGAGUCCAAAGGAGGCAAUAGUUUUGAUAUUGAGAGUUUGACUGCUGUGAUGGAGAGUUUAAAAAUAUCCAGGGUCAAAAGGAAAUCUGAUGAUAAUAUGCAAGAGAUUAAAGAUGCUAUGAAACAAUUGACAAAGGUGGUGACAGAUCUAGCAAUAAGAAGUUUGUAUGAAGAAAAUGUGGAGCGUAAAGAACCUGAUAUGCAAUAUAUAGAUAUGACCGAACAAGUUCCAUGUGAUGAAAAGAUAUAUCUUGUGAUUGAGUUGAUGAAUAAUGAGAAUGAUGCUUUAAAUGAAGAAUUGAAAGAUAUUAAAAAUUUGGAUAAGAGAAGUUAUCAAAAUUUAGUUGAAAAAAGGAGUAAAGGGUCAGUAAUGUAUAUUCCCUUGAUAUACUUGACAGAAGAUUUAGAUGUUUUAAAGACCAUAGCAGAUCUCAA